GUUGUGGAAGGAACAGCAAGGGAAAAAACAAAGAAAGGAGGGAAUUCCAGUGUUUUGUUGAGUCACCCAUCAUGCGCCUGACCCUGGUGGCGUGGGUGGUGGUGGCGGUGGUGGUGAGCGGGGCCAAGUUGGAUCACCUGAGCGGCGGCUGUGACUGUGAUGAUGCCGGGUCACCUGUGGGCAGCUUCUUCGUGGCGCCGCUCCCCUCGGGCGGGAUACACACUUCCUUCGCAGGAUUCGGAUCCCCGUCCAAAGCUGAAGAUGUGAAGGGCGCGUCGUUCAGCACCAGCGGGUCGGGAGGUACGUCGGCUUCAGCAGGCGGAGGGGGACACGGCGCCAGCAUCACCACCAGCGGGCACCAUCACGCUGGGGGGCGUGGGGGCAGCGGUGCAGGGGGGGCCACGCACACCCACAGUCACAGCAUCCAUGGGGGAGCUGGGGGCGCUGGGGGCACCGCGGGCAGACCAGGGUUCCAGGGCAGCACAGUCUCCGGGGGUCACACAUCCUCAACGGGCAGCUCCUCCUUCUCCGCCUUCGCUGGGUACAAGCCUGAGGGAAGCGAGACACACUCCGGCGCCUCCCACACGGGCAGCAGCAUUCACUCCUCCAGCGUGGGUGGCCCUGGAACUUCAAGGGACACGCUUAAGACCCCUGGGAGUGGAACCAGUGGAAUCACCGCCACCUACGCCUCCACAUACAACGCCCAGGCUGGAACUUUCGGCUCAGGUGCCUCAAGUGGAGCUCCAGGCAGCAAGGUUUCCGGGACCGGUUCUCAGGCGUCCUUCACGUUCCACAGCUCCAGUGGUUCUCGUGGCGCUGGUGGGUCUCACUCAGCGCCUGGAAGUGGCGCCACUGGUUCGAGUGGAAGAUAUGGUUCUUAUUCAAGCACUGGUUCAUCGAGAUCUCCCAGCACCGGUUCAGGGUUCUCAAGUAACAUACACUCCUCUGGCACUGGAUCUGGCACCAAGCCAUCCCUGGGUGGUUCCACUUCCUUCUCGAGCACUGGUUCCUCAGGGGCCCGUGGCACCGGUCCAGGGUUCUCGUCAUCAGUGACAGGCACAGGUUCUAGACCAGGAACUGGUUCGUUCAGCACUGGCACCGCUGGUUCACGUCCCGGUACUAUCACCAAACACUCUACAGCCACCUUCACCUCAUCUGGAACCGGUAGUGGAGCAGCCAAGCCAGGAUCUACCGGCUCCACUAAAUUCACUUCUUCGGUAUCCGGCACCGGUUCACAUGGGACUGGUUCUUCCGGUUAUGGCUCUGGCAGCUAUACUAGACACAGCCCCACAACCUCCGGGAGUGGCAUUGGUUCUGGAGCAGGGAUUGGUUCACCUGGCACAGGAUUCACGAGGCAAACCUCGUCCACUUUCUCGUCGUCGGGGCAUGGUAGUGGCGGCGCCCCUGGGUCCUCCAUCGGCGCCGGUUCCACCAAGCUUAGCGCCUCGGGACCGGGGCCGCAAGGACUGGGCAAGCCAGGGAUAGCAACGACCUCUACCUUUGGAACCUCUGGUUCCAAGCCCGGCAGCGGUUCACCGGGGUUCACCAGACACUCCUCAACCACCUUCACUUCGUCCCAGAGUGGCACCGGUUCUAGAACAGGAACUGGGUCAUAUAAACCUGGUCCCGGUUCCUCAGGCACAACAAAACACUCAUCUACUAAAUUCACGUCAUCUUUGUCUGGCCCUGUAACGGGAACCGGAGCCUUAGGGCAGCAGGCCUCCAUCAGCCAAGGUCCCUCCGGCACCACCAAGCACUCUUCCACGACCUUCACUUCAUCCGAAACUGGCGCCGGUUUGGGAGCAGGAACCGGCUCAUUCGCCACAGGUCACGGCGGCACCACUAAACAUGGUUCUACUACCUUCACGUCAUCGACAGGCACAGGUUCUAGGCCUGGAACUGCUUCGUUCAGUACUGGCACCGCUGGUUCACGUCCCGGUUCUACCACCUUCACGUCAUCUGUGACAGGCACAGGUUCUGGGCCUGGAACUGCUUCGUUCAGUACUGGCACCGCUGGUUCACGUCCCGGUUCUACCACUUUCACGUCAUCAGUGACAGGCACAGGUUCUAGGCCCGGUACUGGUUCGUUCAGUACUGGUACCGCUGGUUCACGUCCCAGUUCUGUCACCAAACACUCAACAGCCACCUUCACCUCAUCUGGGAUCGGUAGUGGAGCAGCCAAGCCAGGAUCUACCGGCUCCACUAAAUUCACUUCUUCGGUAUCCGGCACCGGUUCACAUGGGACUGGUUCCUCCGGUUAUGGCUCUGGCAGUUAUACUAGACACAGCCCCACAACCUCCGGGAGUGGCAUUGGUUCUGGAGCAGGGAUUGGUUCACCUGGCACUGGAUUCACGAGGCAAACCUCGUCCACUUUCUCGUCGUCGGGGCAUGGUAGUGGCGGCGCCCCUGGGUCCUCCAUCGGUGCCGGUUCCACCAAGCUUAGCGCCUCGGGACCGGGGCCGCAAGGACUGGGCAAGCCAGGGAUAGCAACGACCUCUACCUUUGGCACCUCUGGUUCUAAGCCCAGCAGCGGUUCACCGGGGUUCACCAGACACUCCUCAACCUCCUUCACUUCGUCCCAGAGUGGCACAGGUUCUAAGCCCGGAACCGGUUCAUUCAGUACUGGCACCGCUGGUUCACGUCCCGGUUCUAUCACCAAACACUCUACAACUACCUUCACCUCAUCAGGAACCGGUAGUGGAGCAGCCAGGCCAGGAUCUACCGACUCCACUAAAUUCACUUCUUCGGUAUCCGGCACCGGUUCACACGGGACUGGUUCCUCCGGUUAUGGUUCUGGCAGUUAUACUAGACACAGCCCCACAACUUCCGGGAGUGGCAUUGGUUCUGGAGCAGGGAUUGGUUCAUUCGGCACCGGUCAUGGAAGUACUACUAAAGACGGAUCUACUACCUUCACGUCAUCAACAGGAGCAGGUUCUAGCCCCGGAACUGGUUCGUUCAGUACUGGCACCGCUGGUUCACGUCCCGGUUCUACCACCUUCACGUCAUCAACAGGAGCAGGUUCUAGCCCCGGAACUGGUUCGUUCAGUACUGGCACCGCUGGCUCACGUCCCGGUUCUACCACCUUCACGUCAUCAACAGGAGCAGGUUCUAGCCACGGAACUGGUUCGUUCAGUACUGGCACCGCUGGCUCACGUCCCGGUUCUACCACCUUCACGUCAUCAACAGGCACAGAUUCCAGCCCCGGAACUGGUUCGUUCAGUACUGGCACCGCUGGUUCACGUCCCGGUUCUACCACCUUCACGUCAUCUGUGACAGGCACAGGUUCUAGGCCCGGAACCGGGUCAUUCAGUACUGGCACCGCUGGUUCACGUCCCGGUUCUACCACCUUCACGUCAUCUGUGACAGGCACAGGUUCUAGGCCUGGAACUGCUUCGUUCAGUACUGGCACCGCUGGUUCACGUCCCGGUUCUACCACCUUCACGUCAUCUGUGACAGGCACAGGUUCUAGGCCCGGAACCGGUUCAUUCAGUACUGGCACCGCUGGUUCACGUCCCGGUUCUAUCACCAAACACUCUACAACCACCUUCACCUCAUCAGGAACCGGUAGUGGAGCAGCCAGGCCAGGAUCUACCGGCUCCACUAAAUUCACUUCUUCGGUAUCCGGCACCGGUUCACACGGGACUGGUUCCUCCGGUUAUGGCUCUGGCAGUUAUACUAGACACAGCCCCACAACUUCCGGGAGUGGCAUUGGUUCUGGAGCAGGGAUUGGUUCAUUCGGCACCGGUCAUGGAAGUACUACUAAAGACGGAUCUACCACCUUCACGUCAUCAGUGACAGGCACAGGUUCAAGCCCCGGAACUGGUUCGUUCAGUACUGGCACCGCUGGCUCACGUCCCGGUUCUACCACCUUCACGUCAUCAGUGACAGGCACAGGUUCUAGCCCCGGAACUGGUUCGUUCAGUACUGGCACCGCUGGCUCACGUCCCGGUUCUACCACCUUCACGUCAUCAACAGGAGCAGGUUCUAGCCCCGGAACUGGUUCGUUCAGUACUGGCACCGCUGGCUCACGUCCCGGUUCUACCACCUUCACGUCAUCAACAGGCACAGAUUCUAGCCCCGGAACUGGUUCGUUCAGUACUGGCACCGCUGGUUCACGUCCCGGUUCUACCACCUUCACGUCAUCUGUGACAGGCACAGGUUCUAGGCCCGGAACCGGUUCAUUCAGCACUGGCACCGCUGGUUCACGUCCCGGUUCUAUCACCAAACACUCUACAACCACCUUCACCUCAUCAGGAACCGGUAGUGGAGCAGCCAGGCCAGGAUCUACCGACUCCACUAAAUUCACUUCUUCGGUAUCCGGCACCGGUUCACACGGGACUGGUUCCUCCGGUUAUGGUUCUGGCAGUUAUACUAGACACAGCCCCACAACUUCCGGGAGUGGCAUUGGUUCUGGAGCAGGGAUUGGUUCAUUCGGCACCGGUCAUGGAAGUACUACUAAAGACGGAUCUACUACCUUCACGUCAUCAACAGGAGCAGGUUCUAGCCCCGGAACUGGUUCGUUCAGUACUGGCACCGCUGGCUCACGUCCCGGUUCUACCACCUUCACGUCAUCAACAGGAGCAGGUUCUAGCCCCGGAACUGGUUCGUUCAGUACUGGCACCGCUGGCUCACGACCCGGUUCUACCACCUUCACGUCAUCAACAGGAGCAGGUUCAAGCCCCGGAACUGGUUCGUUCAGUACUGGCACCGCUGGCUCACGACCCGGUUCUACCACCUUCACGUCAUCAACAGGAGCAGGUUCAAGCCCCGGAACUGGUUCGUUCAGUACUGGCACCGCUGGUUCACGUCCCGGUUCUACCACCUUCGCGUCAUCAACAGGCACAAGUUCUAGCCCCGGAACUGGUUCGUUCAGUACUGGCACCGCUGGUUCACGUCCCGGUUCUACUACCUUCACGUCAUCAACAGGCACAAGUUCUAGCCCCGGAACUGGUGCGUUUAGUACUGGCACCGCUGGCUCAGGCCAUGAUUCCACAACUAAACACUCUUCAAGCACUUACACCACUGGUUCACGUCCCGGUUCCACCACCUUCACCACAUCCGGAACUGGUACCGAUUUGGGAGCAGGAACCGGUUCAUUCGACACAGGUCACGGCGGUACAACUAAACACGGUUCUACAACACUGACUGCGGUAGGCGCAGGUUCUAGGCCCGGAAUUGGUGCGUUCAGUAGUGGCACUGGUUCACAUGGGACUGGUUCCUCCGGUCUCGGUCCCAGUGGUUCUAUUGGUAGUUCCAGCCAUGGUUCUGCUGGUUUUGGGACUGCUGGUCCUAUUAAACAUACCUCUGUUACAUUCACUUCACCAGGCACCGGUUCUACGGGACAUGGUACUGGUGGUACUAAACACAGUACCACAUUCACGUCAUCAAGCAUCGGAGCCGGUUCUGGAACUGGAUCAUUCGGGACAGGCUCAGAUAGUCACGGUUCUACUGGUCAUGGUGUUGGCGGUCCCACAAAGCACAGCACCACUACGUUUACGUCAUCAGGAACAGGCUUCCCUGGUUCUGGUGCUGGUUCUGACUACGGUUCUACUGGUGCUACUAAACACACAUCCACCAGUUCUACUGGUUUCGGUGUAAGCGGUUCCGGUCAUGGUUCUCUCGGUUCCGGUAUCACUGGUUCUGGGUCAACUGGCUUUGGUGUCAGUGGUUCUGGCCAUGGCGCUGGUGGUUCUACCCAGCAUACCUCUAUCCAAUUUCCGUCAUCGAGCACCGGCACCGGUUCUGGAGUUGGUUCAUCUGAGGCAGGUCUAGGUUCUACAACUCAGCACGGUUUUGGUACUAGCGGUUCCAGUCAAGGUUCUACUGGCCUUGGUGUCGGCGGUUCUGGUCAUGGUUCUACUGGUUCCGGUACUGCUUCCUUUACUAAACACACGUCUACCGGUUCUACUGGCUUCGGCACAAGUGGUUCAGGUUCUACAGGGUUCGGGGGAAGUGGUUCUGGCCAUGGUUCUGGUUUCGGCACAGGUUCUACUGGACAUGGUGCUGGUGGUUCUACUGUACAUUCCUCUAAAUAUACGUCAUCAGGAACCGGCUCUGGCCCUGGAGCGGUAGCCGGUUCAUUUGCGACAAGUCUGGGUGGCCACGGUUCAUCAACUCAGCACGGUUCACCAACUCAGCACGGUUCACUCGGGACAAGUCUGAGUGGACACGGUUCUUCAACUCAGCACGGUUCUUCAACUCAGCACGGUUCACUCGGGACAAGUCUGAGUGGACACGGUUCUUCAACUCAGCACGGUUCUUCAACUCAGCACGGUUCACUCGGAACAAGUCUGAGUGGACACGGUUCUUCAACUCAGCACGGUUCACUCGGGACAAGUCUGAGUGGACACGGUUCUUCAACUCAGCACGGUUCACUCGGGACAAGUCUGAGUGGACACGGUUCUUCAACUCAGCACGGUUCAAUCGGGACAAGUCUGAGUGGACACGGUUCUUCAACUCAGCACGGUUCUUCAACUAAGCACGGUUCAUUCGCGACAGGUCUGGGUGGCCACGGUUCAUCAACUCAGCACGGUUCACUCGGGACAAGUCUGGGUGGCCACGGCUCUUCAACUCAGCACGGUUCCUCAACUCAGCACGGUUCAUCUACUCAGCACGGCAGUGGCACCUUCGGUUCGUCUGGUAGUUUUGGCGGUCACGGUUCUACUGGCGGUGGGUUCGGCGCCGGUGGUUCUGCCCAUGGUUCUGGAUUUGGAGUUGGCGGCUCCACUCACGGCUCCAAGAUCAGCGGUUCAAUCCAUGGUUCUAAAAAGCACGGCAUCGGCGGUUCUGGUCACGGUUCUGCUGGCUUCACGACGCACACCCUCGCGUCUUCAAAUUAUGGACCAGGACAUGACGGGUUCUGUCCCUACGAGACCGAACAGUGCACGGGAUCCAAGCCGAAGAAGUGCAUCAGCGACGACGGUUGCCAGCCCACCGAGAAGUGCUGCUUUGACACCUGCCACUUCUACGGCGACUCGGAGCACUUCGUCUGCAAGCCUGCCCUCACGAAGCCCCCGGGGUGGUAAGCUGCCCCUCGCUGCAGACUCGACUACGACUAUCCAAGAGGCUAUGUCUGAUUCCCCCGUUCACUAUAUCCCAUUUGAUCACUCUAGGUAGUACUCAAAUCCCUUCAUGCAUCACUACGAGUUCCAGAGUCCAAUACAGUGUCUUCGUAAGCUCUGAAACCAAAUUGUAUUCUCCAUCCAUCUCUGUGGGUUAGUUCCGGAGUUCAAUACAGUGUUUUUGUAAGCUCUCAAACCAAACUGUAUUCUCCAUGCAUCUCUGUGGGUCAGUUCCAGAGUCCAAUACAAUGUUUUUAUAAGCUCUCAAACCAAACUAUAUUCUCCAUGCAUCUCUGUGGGCCAGUUCCAGAGUCCAAUACAAUGUUUUUAUAAGCUCUCAAACCAAACUAUAUUCUCCAUGCAUCUCUGUGGGUCAGUUCCGGAGUUCAAUACAAUGUUUUUGUAAGCUCUCAAACCAAACUAUAUUAUCCAUGCAUCUCUGUGGGUCAGUUCCGGAGUUCAAUACAAUGUUUUUGUAAGCUCUCAAACCAAACUAUAUUCUCCAUGCAUCUCUGUGGGCCAGUUCCAGAGUCCAAUACAAUGUUUUUAUAAGCUCUCAAACCAAACUAUAUUCUCCAUGCAUCUCUGUGGGCCAGUUCCAGAGUCCAAUACAAUGUUUUUAUAAGCUCUCAAACCGAACUAUAUUCUCCAUGCAUCUCUGUGGGCCAGUUCCAGAGUCCAAUACAAUGUUUUUAUAAGCUCUCAAACCAAGCUAUAUUCUCCAUGCAUCUCUGUGGGCCAGUUCCAGAGUUCAACACAGUGUUUUUAUAAGCUCUCAAACCAAACCAUAUUCUCCAUAAUAGUCAUGUUUUCUACCUACUCGACACCAGAUAUUUGUUAAGAGAUUUCGUGUGUGGUUUUCUCAGAUGUCUUAGUUUCUACAUGAACAGCAAACACUUUCUGAGUCAGUUACUGAUUCUCAAUCCAAACAAAAUUCUCCAUAAUAAUUGUCAGGUUUUCUACUUGGCACCAGAUACUUAUCAAGAGAUUUUCCCGUUAAGUUUCCUCUUUUUUUCCCAACAUGAACAGCAAACGCUAUGUAGGGAAUUGUCAUCGUCUUUAAUAAGUGGCUUCGGAGCUUACAAACCCACUGUGUCAAACUGUGGAACUGACUCUGUAUCAUGCCAAGGCCUGUAUAGGAGGAGCCCCUUACGAUCACGACUGGUAGUGCCAAUUCUUACAAAGCGGAAGGACUCGUUAACACUUGCCUUCUCUGUACGUCUUUAAAGUUAGUUCUGUCAUGCAAUUUUGGACGUUGUUAGAUCCAUAUUGACAGAACCAGUUGCAUACUAGCUUUUGUUAUGUAAUGCAGUUUUAGAUCCUGUUAGACCAUAAUGAUGCCUCAGUCACUGUACAAAAUGAUUAAAAGGCAAAAUACACGAGUGCCAUUACAAGGAACCCUAUACACACCUUU